AUGUCAGCAAGACAAGUAACUUCUAGGCUGAUCGCUCGCGCGGGAAGCUCCCGACAACCUUUUGGCGCAGUGUUAUCCCGAGCUGCUUCAUCAAGUUCAGCUUCUUCCCCAUCUUCAUCUUCAUCUUCAUCUUCUUCAUCGACGUGGCAACCUGUCCUCCCUCCAGGGACUUCCCCUGCUUACGAUGUAGCGUUAUCCUAUCUCUCCUCAUACCAAUCAACGACUCUAAACAAGUUGAAAAAACUACAAUCUAAAUUCGACCCUUCAAACCCUGAUCCCGCUUUAUUGCAAAGAAUAGAUAAAAUGGAAGUAGAAGCGUACGCCAAUGAUCCUGCUGUUCGAAGGGUAUUUAAGGAGACUGGUGGGAAAGGUGAAAUGGGCAAAGCGAUCUAUAGAUGGCUAGGAGAACAACAAUGGAAAAAGGAAGGAGGAAUAGAUUUGUUAAUGCAAAGAUUGUUACAAAUGAAUAUCGUUCCAGACCUUUUGCCCACCAUACCUCCCACAGCACCUUUAACACUCACCCUCAACAGCUCAUCAAUUGAACCUGGUUCAUUCCAGCCUCCUUCCUCAUUCUCAUCACCACCAACACUCAAAUCGCAAAUCUUCCACCAUCCUUCCCUACCAAGUUCAUCUUCACCUAAUCCGGAAGCAUUGCACACUUUACUAGUCAUCGAUCCGGAUGCCCCAUCCCACGAGACACAUUCGUUUGAUCAAAGAGUACAUUAUCUGAAGACGGAUAUACCAUUAUCUGUACUUUCAGGAGAUUUGGAUCUAUUCGGUAAUGGUUUAGGAAAAGAACUAUUAUCCUGGGAACCACCUGCACCAGAACAAGGUACACCCAAACACCGAUAUGUUUUCCUCCUCUUCAGACAAAUCUCAACAUCUACUUCAACGGAUGUCUCCCGAGAUACCUUUGAUCUGCGAUCUUAUCUGUCUCAGCAAGACCUGGUCGCCGAAGAUUUAGUUGGAAUUAAUAUGGUCCGAGCUAAAUGGUCUUUGGAAGAAAACGACUUCAUCAACUCUGUAUAUACCAAUCAAAGAGGAAUCAAAGAAGGUGCACCUGUAUACGGAAAAGUACCGAAAGAAGUCAGAUACGGAUAUCCUAUGUCUGCCAAGAGACAAAGAAUCGAAGAAGCCAGAGAAGAGGCUUACGGAAGGGCAGUAGCGGAAUUGGAAGGUUUAGCGGAGGACGUAGAGGGCUUAUCACUCUCGCAUGGUGAAGAAGAAAAACACAAGGUAUAA